AUGGAGACCAAUAAUUUGGCCGCAUCAGCCACCACAAACGGGCAGCUUACCUCUCCCCAAUUGCCAUCGGAUUCGCCCUCGUUCCCGACACCAGGAAAGCGAAAACGCGUCCUCAGCCCCGCCCAAGAAUCCCCCAACCUUGACGGUAUAUCAAAUCCAUCUGACACGUCAAAAGGAGGACUGCUUGACCAAACUUUGAAGGAUCUGCUCCAGGUUCUAGAAAAAUAUGAUUCAGAUCUUGGUAUUCUGAAAUUCCCCUGUCCUCCCAAUUCCGUGGUCGAACCAGAUCGUAAACGUGCGAAACUAUCAGAUGACACGAACAAUUCGCAAACGAUAGAAUGCAAAAUUAAGGCGGGUCAAUACAAGUCUAUUCAGGAAGUAAUUAACGAUGUUGAGACUGCGUCCUGCUUGGUUAUCGAACGACGCCGCGAGUCAGAAGCAACUGUAAAUAAAUCAGAAAACUCUCGAUCUUCGGCAGAAUUGGUCAAUCUUUCACGCAUAUUUAAAAAGCACUUGGACAAUUUUAUCCUCCGAAGUCCACUUCUAGGCUCUUCUCUUUCAAAGGAUGAGCCUCAGGAACUUCAGAGGAAUGAACCUCAAAACAAGAAUAAUAGAAAAUAUCCAUAUGAUCGGGAGGACAAAGUAGUUCUCACGCUCUAUGGAAAUGCACCUCGCGGGAGACAUUUGUUUUCGAGUUUACAACGUGCAGUUGCCGUGAAACCAGACUCUCCUAAUCUUGAGAAAUCAACUGGCGCAGAAAUACAGGCUACGAUCAACGAAGCAACGUUGCCAAACGGCAUUACUACAUCCAAAGUAAUUCCGUUCAAUGUCAAAAACGUGGAGCUGGGUAAAUCGAAAGCAAGAACCAUUGCAGACGUAUUUGCAGCCCGCCCCAACCUUCCCCAGUUACAACCUCCGGGCAAACCGCGGUCAUCAAAAAAUCCGACCGUCACUUGGCUUGACCCAUACGAACUUGCCAUAGCUGCUAAAUUCCCGCCAAAUGAAAAAAGAGGAUACACUUACUUAUCUCUUCCUACAGGAGAUUGGCUACAUUACGGUUACGAACCAUCCCUUCGGCUGGGAAGUCGAAGGCAAAAUAGCGAUACUAAUACCGGGAAAAGUCUCUCAAAGCCAUUCCAAAACUCUUUUGAUGAGAGCAGUGCAAUAUUUCGCGGUCUUUAUUCGUCAUUUGCUCCCUCAUUUGAUAGCUCCGGAGCGGUUAUAUCCCAAGACGCGAAAGAGCAAAUUUGGUGGGACAAAUAUGGCCAGCACCGUUUACAUGGCUUAUUGGCCGUUGAAAAUGAUCUGGAAACUGAACACACAGACAAUCAGAGUCCGAACUUACAAAUCCAAUUAUUGGACGAAACGAGCCUCGAAGAGGCUGUGAAUUCAUAUGAGCCAGAGGACGAUAAAAUCUUAGUCGAACCGCGGAACGGCGAUGAUGGAGCAAGCGAUGAUAAAGAUCUGGGAGAAGUACUCGAAAACAUUUCGGAUCUUUUACGCACAUUAAAUUCCUAUCGCCAGAUUCGAAACCUCGGGCAAUCACUCCCUGUUCCGAAACCGAACGACGAAAUCGCAGCAACAUCAGAUGCGUCAUCACCUUCAACUAUGGAAGUUACCCUGUAUGAAACCCUAAAAUCAAGUUUAAUUGCAAUGAUAGCCACACUACCUCCAUAUGCUGUAUCGAAAUUGGAUGGGGACCAGUUAGCAGAACUAAAUGUCAGCAAAAAAAUACUUCUGGAAAAUGCCGACUACCCUGGCACGAUGGAGGACGAUGACUAUUCUAUGCAGCAGAAACAAAUACCCAGAGUUUCGCAGAUGCCAAAUGUAGCCCGUCCUCCCCCUACGCCAAACAUGAACCCAUCUCGACCAUCAUAUCAGACUCCCCCAACCGCCCCCAGUGCCCCAUUGCCCCGGGGGUAUCCAUCCAAUCCCCGAAAAACGGCUCCAAUGAGCCAUCCGUCUCAUCAAGUUUAUGGAACCAGGCAAACAUCGUCAUCCAUCCAGUUUCCCGUCAACAACUCUCCUCAACCGUACAAUACGCCUCGACAGCCAUCGGGUCAGCGCCCUGGUUAUACACAACCUCAAUUCUCACAGGCCGGAACUCCGCAGUAUAGCCAAGGCAACAUCCUUCAGCAAUUCCAGAGGCCAACCCAGAACGGAGUGGGACCGUAUCCUUCCCAGCGAAUGCCUUCCCCUGCGCAGGCAUCGCCUCAGCCCUAUCCCCGUCGAACUAGCCAGCCAUCCUAUCAACAACGUCCACCGGAUAUCCCAUAUGGCUCACCUGCUCCUAAGACACACAACGCAUCACCCCAAAGACACUCUAGCUUCAGUGCAUCUCCGCAGCGACAUCCAUAUAUAAAUUCUACCCCUAGCAAUCCUCAACCGAGAUACUUCCAGCAACAAACCCCACAACCGCCACAACCGCCACAACCGCAACACUUUACAACUUUUGGUUCUUCCCAAGGCAACCCAGCACCAGCGGCGUAUCCCAACAGCGCUGCCGCGAUGACUUAUGCCCGGAGCGCUGCUGAACAAGCGGCCCUUAUGGAUCGCAACAAAGCACAACUUGCCGAGAAUCAACGCCAAAAGUCUAACACUCCCCAGCCAGGAUCGUCGAACAGCCAAUUCAGUGGCCAAGGCAGCCUUCCAACAAUUCAUCGACAGAAUAGUGUGCCAAUGGGAUCAGCCGGCGCGACACAAUAAAAGGACAAAACAAAAUUAUAGAACAUUCGGAGGAGUAAAUUAAUACGUCAACAAAGGAGGUCCAACAAUAACUAUUCGUUCCUAUGUUUUAUAGAGGUUAUGCGUGUGACUUAUUACCAUAUUCUCGUUUUCAACUUUCUGGCUUUCGUAAAAAACAAAAGAAAGCAACUUGUAUUUUUUUCGUCUAGUCUUUUAAUUCGUUUGACCUUUUUUUUUUUUUUAGCAGUGAUAUUCUUUUAUUCCUUCUUUGUGUUACUUCCUCUCUUGCCCUUCUUUUCUCAUAUUCUUCAUCGCAGCUACUUUUUCAUCGACUUUAUCAUAGGCAACGGGAGGAGAGAAACCAGCCUUUCGUCUCAACCCUAUUACCUGUUAUUUCCUUUGAUGUGACAAUACGACAUCCAAUAAAUUCCUCUGGUGACCAAAAAUACGGGCGGCAGGUUUGUAUUUUAUUUCCGGCUUUAUAAUCCAUUUUUCUUUCUUUUUCUGUCCCCUUUGUUUUGAAAUUUCUUCUACCGCCAAAAUGUGGAUAGUGAAAGAGAAAAGAGGUGGCGGCGGGUAAGAAGGAGCAACUUUUUAACUCCUUUUCUUCUUUUUGUAACCGUGUGUGGAGCAUACCUUUUUUACAGUGAUUCUGGUUCAAAAGUAAUUUCCCUUUUGCAGUGGACGACGUGCUGACUAUUAUAUAUAUAUAUAUAUAAUAUUAUUGGAUUCUUUAGUUCUG